AUGGCGGUAUAUAGUCGAAGGGCACAAACAAUGAACGCAGAAUUGUAUUCACGUGACUUGGAGACUUUCCGAGUACAGGAGUACAUCGGUCGCCGUUCGGGUCUUCCACUUAGGUCGUACGCAAUUGAUCUGCGAAACAGGCGAUGUGAGUGCAGAAUAUUUCAGACUCUUCGAUAUCCGUGUGCGCAUGUUCAUGCAGCGUGUGCGAGAGCAAACUUAAAUGUUGAACAAUUCAUAGACGAGAUCUACACGUUGCAACGCGCAUUUCGUAUAUGGGGGAACGAAUUUCUUGUAAUGCCCGAUGUCUCAAACUGGGAAGUUCCACCGCCUGCUUUCGAGAUGGUGCCUGCCCGUAGUCUCUGCAGGCAUCCUAAAGGUCGACCUCAAUCGACAAGAAUUCGAAAUGACAUAGACGUUAGGGAGACGGGUGAACCGAAAUUGUGCACUGUGUAUCGAAUAUCCGGACACAACCGAUCAACAUGCCCACAUCGUGUCUAUGUUUCUGGUCAAUCGUCUCGUAAUGCUGGACUCCAAGAUGACGACUGA